AAUUAAUCGAAAAAAUAUAAUAAAUUUUGUUAAAAAGACCGAAAUUAUACAAACAUUUAAUUAAUUAUAAGAAAAAUUACAUUUGGAAGAUCGCGUGUGUGUGUUUUUAAAGCGUUAAAAACAAAUGUAAGCAAAAUUUAGUUACUGCCUCAUGAGAAAAAGUGCAUGAUUUUUGCUACAAAAUUAUUAAGUUUUAAUUGUAGCAACAAAAUACAAAAUUUGACAAAAAUACAACGAAAUUUUAAAGAAAUUUAUUGGCAGCAAAAACAAAAAACUUUACAACAGCCAAAUACAGCUGAAACAACAAUAAAUAUUAACGGGUUUAGAAGACUACAAACAAAAACAGCGGCAGCAGUAGCAGCAUCACCAUCUUUGUGGGCAGCAGCAACAAUAAAAACAACAUUACAACGUUUACAGACACCGUGUCAAUUUCUGGGUUCAACAAAAUCAACAGCUUUUGAACAGCAUCGUUUUAUUUAUAAUAAAACCACAAUUAAACUUAGCCAAAAUAUGGUGACUUCAGAGGAAGCUGUCAAGUAUUUAGAAAUUCCAGACAAGAGUGAAAAUGAUAAAAAGCAUUACAAAACUUUAGUUUUGGCCAAUGGUUUGCAUGUGCUAUUAGUAUCAGAUCCCAGCCCAGUGCCACAUGAUGGUCUUACCACCUCUUCCGAUGACUCAACGGUAGAUUCUUGUGCCGAAGAGUCUACUGAAAGUGAUGGUGAAACUACCGCUUGCUCUACUUCGGAGGAGGAUAGUGAAUCAGAUGCUGAAUCGGAGGAAGGUGAUGAAAAAUUAGCCGCUGUGGCUUUAUUGGUGGAUGUGGGUUCUUUUACCGAACCCCCCAAAUAUCAGGGUUUGGCUCACUUUUUAGAACACAUGAUAUUCAUGGGCUCUAAAAAAUAUCCUUCAGAAAAUGCCUUCGAUUCUCAUAUCAAAAAGUGUGGUGGCUUUGAUAACGCCAAUACCGAAUGUGAAGAGACUCUGUUUUACUUUGAAGUUUCCGAAGAGCAUUUGGACAGUAGUUUGGAUUAUUUUACGGCCCUUUUAAAGGCCCCGCUAAUGAUGAAAGAAGCCAUGACCAGAGAACGUGAAGCAGUUGAAUCCGAAUUUCAACAAACUCUUUACGAUGACGAGGCCAGACGUGAUCAACUGUUGGCCAGUCUGGCCAAUAAAGACUAUCCUCAUAGUACGUUUACUUGGGGUAAUUUAAAAUCGCUUAAGGAUGGAAUAAAUGAAGAUGAUUUACACAAAGAUUUGCAUGAAUUUUGCCAAAGGCACUACAGUGGCCAUCGCAUGUAUGUGUGUGUUCAAGCGCGUUUGCCCAUAGACGAAUUGGAGACUUUGGUGGUAAAACAUUUUAACGAUGUACCCAGUAAUAAUUUGUCAGGCAAAGAUUUCACUGUGUACGAUUAUCGCCAGGCUUUUAGCGAAGAAUUCCACAAUGAAGUGUUCUUUGUUAAGCCCAUAGAAAAUGUGUGUAAAUUGGAAUUGACCUGGGUCUUGCCACCAAUGAACAACUUGUAUAAAUGUAAACCCGAUCAGUUUCUAUCGUAUCUGCUGGGUUAUGAGGGUGAGGGCAGUUUGUGUGCUUAUUUAAGGAAAAAGCUCUGGGGACUGGAGUUAAUAGCUGGUGUGGAUGAAUCUGGUUUCGAUACAAAUUCCAUUUAUUCUUUGUUUAAUUUAUGCAUUUAUUUAACCGACAGUGGUUUCCAGCAUUUAGAUGAAGUUUUGGCCGCCACCUUUGCCUACAUACAAUUAUUUGCUCAAUGUGGUUCCCUCAAGGAAGCCUACGAAGAAUUGUCCAGCAUAGAGGCCACUAGUUUUCGUUUUGCUUCUCAAAAGCCGGCUUUUGAUAAUGUCCAAAAUCUAGUGAUACGCUCCAAGUACUAUCCCCCGAAAGAUAUUCUAACUGGCACUGAAUUGUACUAUGAAUUCGAUGAAGAGCAAGUUAAAAAUGUUAUAAAACAUUUAAAUGAAUUUACUUUUAAUAUAAUGAUUACCUCGCAACAAAAAUACGAUGGUAUUACGUAUGACAAAAAGGAAAAAUGGUUUGGUACCGAAUAUACCAGCAUUAAAAUGCCACAAAAGUGGCAAGAUCUAUGGCAGAAUUGUAAAACCAUGUCGGAACUUUAUCUGCCCAAACCCAAUCGUUUUAUAUCACAAGAUUUUCGUAUAUUUUGGUUGGAAAAUGGUAAACCUGAGGUUCCCCUGGCACCCAAGAAGAUUUUACAAACUGAUGUUUGUGAAUUGUGGUUUAGACAAGAUGAUAAAUUUCAAUUACCCGAUGCCUUUAUGUAUUUCUAUUUUGUUUCACCUUUGCUAAGGCAAAGUGCUCAAAAUGAUGUGUUGUGUGCUUUGUAUGCUCAAUUAGUUAAAUACCGUUUGGCUGAGGAACUGUAUCCAGCCACGGUGGCCGGUUUAAGUUAUCAAUUUUAUUCCGCUGAAAAGGGUGUGGUUUUAAAGGUUAGUGGCUAUAACGAGAAGCUGUAUUUGGUUGUUGAUCUUAUCACCAAAGCUAUGGUAUCCAUGCGUGAACAUAUUACCGAGGAACAGCUGGAGGUUUUCAAGAAACAUCAAAAGAAGGCCUAUUUCAAUGCUUUAAUAAAACCCAAGGCUCUUAAUAAGGAUAUACGUUUAUGUAUUGUGGAAAACAUACGCUGGCCCAUAAUAGUAAAAUACAAAUGUCUUAAUGACAUAACACUGCAGGAUAUGUUACAGUUUGCGGACAAUUAUACCCAAGAAUUGUAUGUGCAAACCUUAAUGCAGGGUAAUCUAACAGAAGAAGCUGCUCAUAAUGUCAUGAAUUCCGUGUUGACCACCUUAAAUUGCCAAAAUAUAAAGGAGACAAAAUAUAUCGAGAAUCGUACGGUGCAAUUGCCCCAGGGUUCUCAUUACAUACGUUGCAAUGUGUUAAACGAUAAAGACUGCAAUACAGUUGUUACAAAUUUCUAUCAAAUCGGUCCCUGUUCUGUGCGCAUUGAAAGCAUUUUAGAUUUGUUAAUGAUGUUUGUGGAAGAACCCUUAUUUGAUUCCCUGAGAACUAAAGAGCAGCUGGGCUAUUAUGUGGCCUCUUCGGUGCGCAUUAAUUAUGGCAUUGCUGGCUAUUCGAUUACGGUGAACUCUCAAGAGACCAAAAACUCCUGUGCUCAUGUAGAAGAACGCAUUGAGGUGUUCCGCGGCAAAAUGUUGCAGAUACUAGAAGAGAUGCCCCAAGAAGAUUUUGAACAUGUUAGAGAAUCGUUGAUCAAAAUCAAACAAGUGGUGGAUAUGUCUUUGAGUGAAGAAGUGGCACGCAAUUGGGGAGAAAUCACUUGCGAGGAGUAUCUGUUCGAUCGUAAACGCAAAGAGGUGGAGGUUUUGCGCUCCUUGGGCAAACAAGAAAUCAUAGACUUUUGCCUCAACAACGAACGUACAAAUCUAAGAAAAUUGUCCGUACAAGUUAUAGGUCAUACAGCCGGCAAAUGCAAUGAGGCUUUAGAAGCCGACAUGGAAACAGAAACGGCAGAAUCGGAGGAUAACCCAGAGGAAGACGAUGUGGCUUCUGAAAUGGACGAAGACGAGGAGGCCAAUGAGGAGCUGUUCAAUGCUCUGGCCAAUAAAUUGGAUUUGACAUUUAUACCCCGAGAUGGUGAUGCCACCACCAUUGUCGAUAUCAAUGAUUUCAAGGAAAAUUUGCAUGUUUAUCCCAUAACAAAAACCAAAUUGGAAUCACCCAUCAUCGAUACCGAUAGCAGAGAUCGUGCUACACCCACAGCCGGCAUGGACAUCAUAGAGGAUUGUUAAAUUUUGUGUGAUUUCAAAUAGCGAAUGAAAAUUUAAAAAUUCAAUUUCAAUAGACCGAAAAAUUCAAAUUAAAAAUUUGCAAUUUUUUUAUUUUUUUUUUAAUUCUCGAACUUAUGAUUUUUUUAUGAUUUCAGUUUUUUUAAAUAAUUAUAUUGAUAAUAAUAAAAUAAUAUGAAAAUUUUAUCUAAAUGCUUAAAAAAAACUUUAAGUAAAAAUGAGAUAAAAGAUAUUGUAUGUGUAAAAA